UUCCGAGUUCCGAUGACCACCGUCCCUUCCACUAUAAAAAGGCCUCACCCUUCGACCCCCCAACGCAUCGAAAGCCCACCUUUCCUAUUGUUUCCUCUGGAAUCAUGAUGGCUUCCAAGUAUUUCCUCGCCGCCGCCCUCCUCUUCCUCUCCGGCCUUGCCGCCGGCCUCGCCGCGCCGGACAUGUCCAUCGUCUCCUACAACGAGGAGCACGGCGUCCGGGGGCUGGAGCGAAGCGAGGACGAGAUGCGAAGGAUCUACGAGGGCUGGCUGGCCAGGCACGGCAGGGCGUACAACGCGCUGGGGGAGAAGGAGGCGCGGUUUGAGGUCUUCAAGGACAACCUCCACUUCGUCGACGGCCACAACGCGGCCGCCGACGCCGGGCGGCAACGGUUCCGCCUCGGCCUCAACCGCUUCGCCGACCUCACCAACGAGGAGUUCCGGGCGUUGUACUUGGGCGCCAAGGGCCGUGGCGUCGCCCGCCGGAGCCGGGUGGCUGCCGACCGCUACCGGUACGAGGGAGCCGGCGAUGUGUUGCCGGACUCGGUGGACUGGAGGGCCAAAGGCGCCGUCGCCGCCGUCAAGAACCAAGGCAGCUGUGGGAGCUGCUGGGCGUUCUCGACUGUUGCUGCAGUGGAGGGCAUAAACCAGAUCGUGACGGGGGAGCUGAUAAGCCUGUCGGAGCAGGAGCUGGUGGACUGCGACACGGCCUACAACCAGGGCUGCAAUGGCGGCCUCAUGGACUACGCCUUCGACUUCAUCGUCAACAAUGGCGGCAUCGACACCGAGGACGAUUACCCCUACAGAGCUCGAGAUGGCUCGUGCGACCAUAACAGGAAGAACGCCAAGGUCGUCACCAUCGAUGGGUAUGAAGACGUUCCGGAGAAUGAUGAGAAGGCGCUGCAGAAGGCUGUGGCAAGCCAGCCCGUGAGUGUCGCCAUUGAAGCCGGUGGCAGGGAGUUCCAAUUCUACCAGUCGGGGAUAUUCACUGGAAGAUGCGGGACCGAGCUGGACCAUGGCGUCGCAGCGGUAGGCUAUGGCACAGAGAACGGCACGGACUACUGGAUCGUUAGGAACUCAUGGGGAGGAGACUGGGGAGAGGCGGGCUACAUCAGGAUGGAGCGGAACGUGAAUGCAUCCACCGGCAAGUGUGGUAUCGCCAUGGAAGCUUCUUACCCCGUAAAGAAGAGCCAGAAUCCACCGAACCCUGGUCCGUCCCCGCCCUCCCCGGUGAACCCACCGACCGUUUGCGACAACUACUACUCCUGCCCGUCGAGCACCACCUGCUGUUGUGUCUACGAGUACAAUGGCUACUGCUUUGCCUGGGGAUGCUGCCCUCUGGAGGCUGCUACCUGCUGUGAUGAUCACUCCAGUUGCUGCCCUCGUGACUACCCUGUUUGCAAUACCGAGGCUGGAACCUGUCAAAUGAGCAAGGAGAACCCACUCGGAGUGAAGGCUCUUGUCCGCACACCUGCAAAACCCUACUGGGCUUACUCUGGCCGAGUGGAGAAGAAGAUCAAUGCUUGAAUGCUUCCAGCGUUGAUUUGUUUGGUUGGCCGCCGAGUGCAGAAACGAGGGGCAAGAUUUGCAGACACCUCAUGAUCACCGAUUGAUUCACGUUUUAUUAGAUGAUUGGCCAAAGUCCAUGUACAUGAUCUCGAUUUAAUACUGGACUUGAAGCUAAAAGAUUGUUUUUUUUUUCCUUUUUUACUAUUCAAAUGAUGAAAGUUGCCCCUCUUCAUCUGCUUCUGCCCUUCCACAAUUACUUGAAU